GUUCCCUCCACUCUCUCACACACACACAUACAAACGCUAAUUCUCAUAGUUCAAUUUUCUAGAGAAAAUGUCAGCGUCAAAAUCAAGCGCAAGGAAAAGAGUUUCGGAGCCGCAAAUACCAAAAUCGGAGAGCAAAAGGCGAGUUAGCGCCGUCGAAGAUGAAUUCGAUGCUGAGAUCUCAGAUGAUAUCAAAGGGAUUAUGACGGCGUUAAAGCAGAUAAGAGAGAAGGCACAACAAGACGGUCUGAAGAAGAAAGAAGAAACCAUCUCUAGCGUGACUUCAGAAGUCAAGUCAAAGAUCGAUGAGCUCAAAGUAAAACUUGAGAAAGACAGGCAAGGUUUUGCGAAGGCACUGUCCAAGAGCUCCAAAGAGUGUGAGAACUUACUAAAGAAUGAAACUGCAAAGUUCCAAUCGAUUUAUGAGAAGUUCAACAAGGAGAAAGCUACACAUCUGCAGUCUCUCAGAGAUACUAUAUCCAAAUAUGAGGAGGAAAAGGAAAGACUAUUCAUGCGAUAUGAGCAACUAAGGAAGAAAGAGAAGAGCAUGAUAUCUGAACUUGAGCAAGACUCUAAAAAACGAAUUUCUGAACUAGAGGAGUCGCUGAAGAAAAAGAAGCAGGUUAACUUCUUCGAUGCACCAUAUCUCUGUCACACAGUGCAUACAUUCUCAUACCGCCAAGUGAACCGUCCUUUUUUGCUUGACAGGAUGAUAAAGCAUUCAGCUUUCUGAGAAAAACUCUAGGUUCAUUUCUGGAUAAUGCCUCAGAUGAGGACUUCCCACCUGAUGAUUGAAAGUCGCGAAGAUGUAUCUGCAGCUGAAAAUGACAGUUUCUAUCUCCUGAUGAUUGUAAGUCCCACAUAUGGCCUGUGGAUGCUGCC